AUGCCUGCCCGUAAUCCCACCGGUUUUGAUAUGGCCCAGUUCAAGGCGGCGGCCUCCCCCUCCUCGGUCUAUGCCAAGCGGGAUCCUUGGGCUCGCAAUGAAACUUGGCGGUACACUGGUCCCUUCACCCGCUGGAAUCGCUUCAAGGGUCUCUUCCCUGGCUUGGGCAUCGCCACUGUCGCAUUCACGGCCUACUGCGCCUACGAGCACCUGUUCUUGAAGGACGAGCACCACCAUGACGACGGUCAUCACUAG